AUGGGUCUCAAAACAGCUCUUGCCCUCCGGAAGGCAACUCUCCCCCAUACAUACUCAAAUGUCCGACGCUGGCCGUCCUCGGCCCGAGCUUUCUCAAUGACGGCCCACCGUGACGCAACGUGGGGUUUCAUCGGCCUGGGACAAAUGGAUUACGCGCAUUUGUAUCUUGCAAACGCGGGCUUAUACAUUGACAAUGCUCCAGGAUACAACAUGGCCAGGAACUUGCGCGCCAAGAUCCCCGCCUCGGAUACUUUGAUUAUUCGCGAUAUCAAUGAAGAUGCUAUGAAUCGAUUUGUUGCUGAAGCUCAGGAGGCUGCACGCAGUACUGGUGCUGGCACCGGCGAGGGUCUUGUUGAGAUUGCCGAGAACGCGCGCGAGGUCGCUGAGAAAUCGGAAGUCAUGAUUACCAGUUUACCGGAGUCGCAGCAUGUUAUUGAGGUGUUUCAUUCCAUUCUGAAGCACGGCGAGCUUCCCCCGCUUUCGCAAGAGCGGCUGUUUAUCGACACAUCUACUAUUGACCCUGUUACUUCUAAGGAUAUUGCAAACGCCAUCCACACUACUCAAGCCGGUCGUUUUGUUGAUGCUCCCGUAUCAGGUGGUGUUGUUGGCGCUCGCGCAGGAACACUCUCGUUCAUGUUUGGUGCUUCCUCGCAAACAGGACAGCUUCUUGAGCGUGUGCGUGGUGUGCUCGCCCUGAUGGGCAAGAAGGCCUGGCAUCUUGGAGAUCCCGGUGCCGGUGUCUCUGGCAAGCUAGCCAAUAACUACAUUCUGGCCUUGAACAAUAUUGCCACUGCUGAAGCCAUGAAUCUUGGUGUUCGGUGGGGCUUGGAACCCAAGGCUUUGGCUGAGAUGAUCAACUCUUCCACUGGCCGCUGCUGGCCUUCCGAAGUGAACAACCCUGUUCCUGGUGUGGUGGAGACCGCUCCUGCUUCCCGCGGAUACGAGGGUGGCUUUGGAGUCAGCUUGAUGCACAAGGAUUUGCGGUUGGCAAUCACAGCUGCGAAGGAGUCUGGAACUCCUCUUGCUUUGGGUGACAAGGCUCGCGAGGUUUACAAGGCUGUUGAGGAUGAGCACCGGGGUAAGGAUUUUUCAGUGGUCUAUAAGUGGCUGAAGGAGAAGUCUGAAUAG